AUGUCUUCCAAAACCGAGAACGUGAUUGCCGAAACCAAGCAUGAAAACAACGAAACUUGCAAACGGUCUACAGAAAACGACGAGUCUAUGGACCAGCAAACACUGAAAACGGAUGAUGAAGAAGACCAGCAUGGCGCAGGAAGUCUCGAUGUGGGUGACAUCUCUGAAGGUAGUGAUCCGCUGUAUUAA